GUGGCCCUCGUCCUGUGCGCAGCCACAUCACACUCCCCGUCGCUCAUUCCUCCAGCCAAUAACGCCAACCCUUCUGCACCUCUUCCUCGAUCGCUAUAUUUCGUCGCCAGGUUGGGCAAGAGGCAAGACGCCGGACGUCGGGGUCUUUCCUUAGAGUGCCCUCGCGGAGGCUGUGAGGUCAGAGGAAACGGCCUGGAAGAGCUGGGGCUUGGGCGAGACCUAGGAGCCGUCACCGGAAAGCGCCAGGCUCGCGUUCCUGGCCAGAUUCCGAGCUGGCAACUCUGGCUGAUUUAGCUCGUGGGCAAAGGGCAAUCUCUGAGCUCCCGACAUCCAGAAGCAGUGUCUUCUGUAGUAGCACCUUAAAUGCGGAGCCCGGUGCCCUAAGCGAUUAGCGGCAACACCAGCCACAGCGACAGCGCUGGGGCCCUGUGUAGAAGCUCCAUCCCCUUGUCUUUGGUCAGCCUGCGUCCCCAAACCCAGAGAUUACCUUGGAAGAUCUAAGACUCUGAAAAUGUUUCCCUUGAAGGAUGCUGAAAUGGGUGCCUUUACCUUCUUUGCCUCAGCUCUGCCACAUGAUGUUUGCGGAAGCAACGGGCUUCCUCUCACACCAAAUUCCAUCAAAAUUUUAGGGCGCUUUCAAAUCCUUAAGACCAUCACCCACCCCAGACUGUGCCAGUAUGUGGAUAUUUCUAGGGGAAAGCAUGAGAGAUUGGUGGUGGUGGCUGAGCACUGUGAGCAGAGUCUAGAAGACUUGCUUCGAGAAAGGAAGCCUGUGAGCUAUCCAAAAGUUUUGUGCAUAGCGUUUGAGGUACUUCAGGGCUUGCAGUAUAUGAACAAGCAUGGUAUAGUACACCGGGCACUGUCUCCUCAUAAUAUCCUUUUGGAUCGAAAGGGACAUGUUAAAUUGGCUAAAUUUGGACUUUAUCACAUGACAGCUUAUGGUGAUGAUGUAGAUUUUCCAAUUGGGUAUCCAUCAUACUUGGCACCUGAGGUAAUUGCACAAGGAAUUUUCAAAACCAGUGAUCAUGUGCCAAGUGAAAAACCAUUGCCUUCUGGCCCCAAAUCAGAUGUCUGGUCUCUUGGAAUCAUUUUAUUUGAGCUUUGUGUGGGAAGAAAAUUAUUUCAGAGUUUGGAUAUUUCUGAAAGACUAAAAUUUUUGCUUACAUUGGACUGUGUGGAUGAUACUAUAAUAGUUCUGGCUGAAGAGCAUGGUUGUCUGGACAUUAUAAAGGAGCUUCCUGAAAAUGUGACACAUCUUUUGAAGAAGUGCCUCACCUUCCAUCCUUCCAAGAGGCCAACCCCAGACGAAUUGAUGCAGGACAAGGUGUUCAGUGAAGUGUCGCCCUUAUAUACUCCCUUUACGAAACCUGCCAGCCUGUUUUCAUCUUCUCUGAGGUGUGCUGAUUUAACUCUGCCUGAGGACAUAAGUCAGUUGUGUAAAGAUAUAAACAGUGAUUACUUGGCAGAAAGAUCUAUUGAAGAAGUAUAUUACCUUUGGUGCUUAGCUGGAGGUGACUUGGAAAAAGAGCUUAUGAACAAGGAAAUCAUUCGAUCCAAACCACCUAUUUGCACACUCCCCAAUUUUCUCUUUGAAGAUGGGGAAAGCUUUGGACAAGGUCGAGAUCGAAGUUCACUAUUAGAUGAUACCACCGUGACGUUGUCAUUAUGCCAGCUAAGAAAUAGAUUAAAAGAUGUUGGUGGAGAAGCAUUUUACCCACUACUUGAAGAUGAUCAGUCUAAUUUACCUCAUUCAAACAGCAAUAAUGAGCUGUCUGCAGCUGCUACUCUCCCUUUAAUCAUCCGAGAGAGGGACACAGAAUACCAACUAAACAGAAUCAUUCUCUUUGACAGGCUGCUAAAGGCUUAUCCUUAUAAAAAAAAUCAAAUCUGGAAAGAAGCAAGAGUUGACAUUCCUCCUCUUAUGAGAGGUUUAACCUGGGCUGCUCUUCUGGGAGUUGAGGGGGCUAUUCAUGCCAAAUAUGAUGCGAUUGACAAAGAUACUCCAAUUCCUACAGAUAGACAAAUUGAAGUGGAUAUUCCUCGUUGUCAUCAGUAUGAUGAACUGCUAUCAUCACCAGAAGGUCAUGCAAAAUUUAGACGUGUAUUAAAAGCCUGGGUGGUCUCCCAUCCAGAUCUUGUGUAUUGGCAAGGUCUUGACUCACUUUGUGCUCCAUUCCUAUAUUUAAAUUUCAAUAAUGAAGCCUUGGCUUAUGCAUGCAUGUCUGCUUUUAUCCCCAAAUACCUGUAUAACUUCUUCUUGAAAGACAACUCACAUGUAAUACAAGAGUACCUGACUGUGUUCUCUCAGAUGAUUGCCUUCCAUGAUCCAGAACUAAGCAAUCACCUCAAUGAGAUUGGAUUUAUUCCAGAUCUUUAUGCCAUCCCUUGGUUUCUCACCAUGUUUACUCAUGUAUUUCCACUGCACAAAAUUUUCCACCUCUGGGAUACUUUACUACUUGGGAAUUCCUCCUUUCCAUUCUGUAUUGGUGUAGCGAUUCUUCAGCAGCUGCGUGACCGGCUUUUGGCUAAUGGCUUUAAUGAGUGUAUUCUUCUCUUCUCUGAUUUACCAGAAAUAGACAUUGAACGCUGUGUGCGAGAAUCAAUCAACCUGUUUUGUUGGACUCCUAAAAGUGCUACUUACAGACAGCAUGCUCAACCUCCAAAGUCAGCUUCUGAUAGCAGCGGAGUCAGAAGUUCAACACCUUAUUUCUCCACUGAGUGUCCAGAUCCUCCCAAAACAGAUCUGUCAAGAGAAUCCAUUCCAUUAAAUGACCUAAAGUCAGAAGUAUCACCCCGGAUUUCAGCAGAAGACCUGAUUGAUUUGUGUGAGCUUACAGUGACAGGCCACUUCAAAACACCCACCAAGAAGACCAAGUCCAGUAAACCAAAGCUCCUGGUAGUUGACAUCCGAAAUAGUGAAGAUUUUAUUCGAGGUCAUAUUUCUGGCAGCAUCAACAUUCCAUUCAUCACUGCAUUCACUGCAGAAGGGGAGCUUACCCAGGGCCCUUACACUGCCAUGCUCCAGAGCUUCAGAGGAAAGGUCAUUGUCAUUGUGGGGCAUGUGGCAAAGCACACAGCAGAGUUUGCAGCUCAUCUUGUGAAGAUGAAAUAUCCAAGAAUCUGUAUUCUAGAUGGUGGUAUUAAUAAGAUCAAGCCAACAGGCCUCCUCACUGUCCCAUCUCCUCAGAUAUGAAGGACAAGAGUAUGGCUGACAAAAGGACAAAGUGGCAUCACCCCGGCAGCACAGCUCUUCACAGCCUUGCCACUCUAAGACAAAACUAGACUUCCAGGUUAUUGCAUUUCCAUAAAGUUUUGUCAUGAGACAUUUUUUUUUUAAAUCUCAUGAUCCAAAUGUUCAGCUAUCCAGGCAACAAACUUGACAGUACAUGUAUUGCUGAAAGAAUUUUCUUAACAGUGAAAUCCGAUCAUGUAUUUUCACCACACCAACACAAAGCCAGAAGAAUUCAGCUGACGAGGUAGAUUUAGCAUUAUCAAGAAAUCUCAGUUGCACUGAAAAAGCUGUUUUCCAUUGCACUGAACAGAGAGUCUCAACAAAGGUAUUCCUUACAAAUAUAUACUGAAUGCGGGCUGAGAUCAUCCUUCCAUGAUAAUGAAAAGUGAAAAGCUAUUCACAAUACAUUCCUUCUGAGUAAAUGCCACAUUGACAACUCCUUUUUGACUCAGACAUGUGUGUGUGUGUGUGUGUUUGUGUGUGCGCGCGCGCGCACGCGUGUGUGUUUAAAGGGAGAAGAAUUUAGCUCAUUGGAGAAAGUAAUAAUAGUUUACCUCCAGAAAAAUGAAAGAAACCAUUCAUAUUAUAAGUUAUGUAUUCAUUUCCUAUAGCCAAGAAACCCAGAAUAAGAGUGACUUCAACUAGAUGUUUAUGUCUUUCUCACAUAAAUGUCUGCAAGGUCACUACGGGGCUAGUAUGUUGGUUUCAUAAUGAUUGAGAACUCAGGUGUCUUUUCUUAUUCCUUUACCAUCCUCAACACCUGGUUUCUAGCUCAUGGAGCAAGAUGACCACUCUCCUCCCACCAUUACAUCUCCAAUUUAGAAGGAAGGGGAUAAAGGAGGAGAGGGGGAAGAAGAGAAAAGGAGAAAAGAGUGAGGAAGGAAGGAGAAAAGAAGGAGAGAAGGGAGGGCAUGCUCCUUCUCUUUAAGGGCACAAACCUUAAGGUGCACAUAUUGCUUCUGCUACAUACCAUUGGCCAGAAUUUAGACAUGUGGCCACAACUAGCUCUCAGGGAAACCUGGAGUACAGUUUUGGCCACGCAACCAUCUACCCAGUAAAAACUGUUCUUACUGUGUGGGAAGAGGGGAACACACUGAAGGACAGCUGGCAGCCUCUGUCACAUUCUGCUAAACAUUAAGUAUUGGAGUUCCCUGGUGGCCUAGUGGUUAAGGACUGGGUGUUGUCACUGCUGUGGAUUGAGUUACUACUGUGGCUCAAGUUUGACCCCUGGCCCAGGAACUCCUGCAUGCCUCAGGCACAGCCAAAAAUAAUAAUAAUAAUUUUAAAAAAUUUUAAGUAAGUGUUUCAUUGAAUCUAAGGUACAUUACAUUUUUAGGUGCCAUGAAGAAAAAAAUGCAGUGAAAUAAACUGUGACAUACUGUCAAUUAUAUGACUAAUUUCCACUUCAGAAAUGUGAAAAAUAUGCAUUUUAGAAUUAUUAAGAUACAAUAUAUCUUUUUGACUAUCUUCAGUUUUGUUUUAACUAAAACAUAUUCUUUUAUCUUUAACUUAUAUUCCUUUUCAGUGUUAGGGCUGCCUGUGUAGAACAUUUCAAUGACAGCCUCAAUUUAACUUUCUGGACUCUGGUUUUAUUAUUGCUGGUUGUGAGGGGGGGGCAUCUUUUUAUUGAGAUAUAAUUUACAUACCAUAAAAUUCACCCCUUUAAAAUGUGCAAUUCAUGUUUUUUAGUAGAUUCACAAAAUUGUGCAAUCAUUCCUAACUUCCAAACAUUUUCAAAGCCCAAAAAAGAAAUCCUGUACCAAUUAUCAGUAUUACCCAUUGAUUCUUCCCAAGAUCUUUAAUUUCUGAAUACAGAGUGACAUAAAUAUCCAGCUUCAUUCUUGCAUGUGGAUAUCAAGUUGUCCCAGUGGCCAUGUUAUUUUGUUUGUUUUGUUCAAUGAAAUUACAUUGAGUCAAUUACCAAAUACAUUUUGGAUACCUACUGUGUAUAAGACACUGACAUACUCAAUGGUCAUAUUAUUCUGUGAUUUUUAUGUAAUAUACAAAGAAAAAUGUGAAAAUUAAUGAGAAAAGAAAAUUUGCCAUAAUUUCUCUAGCAUCAUUUUUGGGCUAUUAUCUACCCAGGUUAGGAAAAUAAGUACUCCCAUCCUUCCCUUCAGUCUUUGAUGACUUAUUUGACCCCAUAAUCAUAGUGCAGCACUGAUGGUCACUUGGAAGGAAUGGUUCUGAGUCUUAAUUUUUGCCUUACUGAGAAAGCAGAGAAAGCUGGGGUGGCAGGGUGGUGGCUAAGAUUUGAACUGGAUGGGGAGGAAGGUAGCGAGAGAGGUUAAAGACCUGAGUGUUAUGAGGAGAGCUGGUGAGAAGACAGUGGUAGGCAGCCUCCGUCACAAUUUUGCAUUUGGUCCUUCUUAAAACUUGAUACUUUUAGGCUUUUUUUGAAAAAAAAAAGAUUUUUAAGCAUUUAAAUUAUUAAUAAUAUUUACUCUUCUCAAUAGUAAAACAAGAAAGAGCAUACAAUCACUGCCAUGUUUAUGAUGUAGGGCGUGUUCUUUGAUGACAGGUGGUUUCAGUAAUGUUGACCUCAACAACUACUCAUUGAAUUAAACCUAUAUAACCCAUGAUUUGUAGAGGUCCUUUUGUAAUGUAUUAUUGACUCCUGCACUGUCGUUAUUAGCACUGUUUUGUUUCACUAGCAAUCUCUUCCUUCUUCCUUGAAUUCCCUUAUUACCUCCACCAGCCCCAUACACACACACACACACACACACACACACACACACACACACACACACGCAUGCAUUUGUAAAUGCUUCAUAAUCCAGCACUAGUAGCAUAUCCUCCAGUCUCCUCUGACUUCCCUGUAUUCGCUGAGGCUAUAUUAAGAACCUCAAAUCUAUCAAAGCAUUCCAUUCAUACUUCUAACAAUAGACUUACUACACCAUUUUGCAAUCAUCCGUUCACAUGUGGAACCUUGUUUAAAAUAUGAGCUCCUUUAAAGUCAGAGGCCGUAAUUUAAACCUCUUGUUAUCUUUGGCAACACAGUACACUGGAGAUGCAUGAUAAAUGUAAAAUUACAUUGAAUACUUAGCUUACGAAUUUUAGAAUCUAUAUGAAUAGAAAAAAUUGAAACAACCAGGUAAUUUUUUUCAAGUGUCAAACUUAUCUGGUACUUGAUGAUAUAUAAACAAAUUGAGGAGUUCCCAUUGUGGCUCAGUUAAGAACCCAAUAUCGUGUCCAUGAGGAUGUGGGUUCCAUCCCUGGCCUUGCUUAGUGGAUUAAGGAUUUGGCAUUGCCACAAGUACAGUGUAGGUCACAGAUGCAGCUCAGAUCUGGUGUUGCUGUGGUGUAGCCCCCAAUUCAACCUCUAGCCCUGGAACUUCCAUAUGCCACAGGUGCAGCCCUUAAAAAGAAAAAAAAAAAGAAGAAAAGAAAUAUAUAGAUCGAAAUAUCAGUUCACUGAGUGAAGAAAGGAUCUCUAAUAGGCUUCUACCCAACUCUAAAAUUCUGUAAUCCUAGAAACUGGAACAGAUAACUUCUAACAACAGAAUAAGCUAAGCUAGUUUAUUCCCUUUCCAAAACAUAGAAAUGUUAAAUUUGGAGAGAAUAUUAAAAAUAUCUAAAAAUUAACAUAGUUUGAAAGAAAUAAACAGAAAUUCCUUGAUAGCAGCUAUGAAGAGGAACUGAAACACUGUUAGUUCUGUGGGAUAUCAGCAAUCAACACAGGCUCUAGAAACUGUGGUUUUAACAUGUGCGUAGGGAUAGAAGCCUUUGGUUUGCUGGUAGGGCGUUGGUAUUAAGACUACUUUACCAAGUGACAAUUUCAAAGAAGUCUUCACUCAUGAGAUUACUAGAAAUAACUUCAUACCAAAUCAGGGAAGCUGUAGGAGAGAUGUUCAUGGCCUUGUGUUUUGAGUGAAGAAAGAUAGAUCUCCUGUGCUAGACAGAUGGAGGACAGCCUUCAAUGGAAAGGCUAGAGGAAAUCUCCAAAUUAGAACAGACUGUAGGGCAUGUGCUCAUCUGACUAUUUACAAAUGAGAACAAUGAAUUAUAUCAAACUUUUGGAAAGCAUAGUUGAUGCCAGGUACUUACUUCUUCAACUCCUCUGUUUCCUCCUCCAAAUAGUUGUCAAAAAAUACUGCUUUAGAGAUUAAUAUCAAAAGUGUGGUACAGCCUUUCAAAAGGGUCUAAGGCAAUAGUCUCAUCUGGUGAAAUCUACUAUUUGUGGAGAAGACUGCUGCCUUGCCUGCCAUAGCAUUGUGGAUGUUUUAAUCUAUCAGUCGUAAAUAAUUACCUCAUUGGUAUACCUGCUGGCUCUUCAUAUGCCUGUUGUUAACCAAAUAAUGUAUUUUUCUUCAUAAGUAAGCCAAAAGUGGAAGCAAAACAGUAAUAUUAUGAUAGAUUUUUCUAUUGAAGUGCUCAGUUCAUGUGUACUAUUUCUAAUAAUAUUAGAUAAAACUGGACAGUUUUAUCUCACACCAGUUCUAUGUCAUUUAAUGUUAGAAAUAGUUCACAUUAUUAAGAAGCUAUUUUAAAACAGCUAUUUUUUUUGAAAAGUUGCAUGUAUUUAUAUCUUUUCUGGGUAAUUUUCUUGUUAAUGUCUUAUGAUAGAUGCUUGUCACAUGAAGACUAAACUUGGAUCUUUGGCAUAUUCCAUAUUCUAUAGAUAGAUUGUGAUAUUUGUAGCUCGUACUAGUGACUUUCAGGCCUAAUGUCUCCACUUGGAUUAACAUUCUUUGAUAUCCUUUCUCAUCUCUUUCAGAGACUCACUUUAGUUUGCAUUGUCUUUAGCAUUUCAAUAAUACCGUUCUGUUCUACUGCUCAUGGUGACCAAUAAACAGUGUAUGGAUGGGUA